GUGGAAACAUACAGUUUCUAAAUUUUCUUAUAAUAAAUUCAAUGAAAUGGAUUAAAUGUUUCUAACACAUUUUUUGAAAAAAAAUUUUUUUGUGUGGAUUUUUUCCCAAAUCAUUUUCAAUAAUUAUCCUUGCAAUGGAACUGACAAAAUCGAACCUUUCUGAUUGUCAAACUAAUGUAAUUAAACAAUGAUUUAUACUGUUAAGGAAAAUUGUUUAUCCGGUUAUGAUGAAUCAGUCAAAUGUAAUCAUUGUAAUCAACUAGAACAUGAAUCUUCGUGUAUAAAUUGUUCAACAAAGAUGCAUCAAAAUGUAUCAAUUCCUAAUGAUAGUUUCAUAUCAACUAGAAGAAAUAAACCUAAAGGAAAAUUGGAAUUAUUUUGUGUUUUAUCUUCAAUACGCGGUGUACAAAGAAUUUAUAGUUCACAAAUUCCAUUUAUUCGUAUUUUAUGGAUUUUAUUUGUUAUUAUAAUGACAUGUGUUUUAAUGGUUAGUUCCGGUUUUUUAAUUUCUGAUUAUUUAUGUUAUUCUACAGCCUGGAAUACACGUAGUUUAUUAGAUGAUAAAUCUGAAUUCCCUGCAAUCACAUUAUGUGCACAUAAUCCAUUUUCUUUAAAUGUGAAUAGUUUAUGGAAAGAAAAUAUUGUACCAAGUCCAAGAGAGAUUAAAUCACGUUUAAGACAGUUAUUAGUAACAAUGUUAGAUAAUGGUAUUACAGAUUAUACUGGUGAUUUAGCUUUCUCAGAUUCAAUAGAAUUUUAUUAUACAAAUUUAAAUUUAAAUGAUACAAUUAAAGUCGGUCAUGAUAAAGAUAUGCUUUAUCAUUGCAUGUUAUAUGAAGAAGGAUCAACAGUUGUUGCAGAAAAAUGUGAUUUAGAACCAGAAACAUCUAUCAGAAUAAGACGUUUCACACAUCCUAAAUACUUUAAUUGUUGGACUAUAGAUGGUAAACCGAAUGCCUCAACUUCUGAUGUCACACGAUUAAUUAUUCUAGCACAUUUAAUACCAUUAAAAAAAAUUGAAGGCGCAAAUACUUCAUUUAUUAUGGAUUCAUUUACACGUGGUGAAGGUAUUAAAGUUGUUAUACACGAAAAAGGUACUUAUCCAGAGAUUGAAAAACAUGGUGUUAAUAUACAACCAGGUCGUAUGAAUGAAAUUAAUUAUGAAACAAUAUUUUGGAAACGUCUACAUACCCCAGUAGCACCAUGUACAAAUGAAAAUAUUUCAAUUGAAGAUCUUGGUAUAUAUUAUACAUAUAAACAAAGUCAAUGCCUUAAUCGUAUGUUACAAAAUGAAUUAUUUACAAGAUGUGGUUGUCUUAAUUCUGAAUGGCCUCGAUCAAUUAAAUUAUUAGAUCAACAUAAAUCUUUACCAUAUUGUCAAAAAUUACCAAUCAAUGUAAAUAAUAUACAUGGAGCAGAAGAAAUGAAAACACGUCUUGAUUGUUUCGGUACAGUAUUAACUGAUUUAAAACAACUUAAAGAGAAAGCUGUACAAAAAGGUGUUUGUAUACCACGUUGUGGUUAUUAUACAUAUGAUACAAAAUUAAGUGUUACAUCAUGGGAUCCAGAUCCAUAUAAACUUGCUUUAUAUACAAAAGGUUAUAGACAUGUUGAUAAAUUUUUAAAUGAACCAAAUCAAAGAAAACAUAUUGAUGAAUUAUUAGAAAAUUUUGAUGCAUCAAUAGAUCCAAUAAAAAAUAAAAAUCAAUUACAUUCAAUACGUACAUUAUUUUCUAAUGAUUAUCAACGUUUUGAUGAUGGAACACAUACAUAUAUUAGUUUAAUUAGACAAGAUUUUGAUACAAUCAUGAAAGAAGAACGUUUAGUAUUUGAUAUUUAUAUAUUAAUAUCACGUAUAGGUGGUUUAUGUUCAUUAUGUAUUGGUUUAACAAUGGCAUUUAUAGUUGAAUUAGUUGAAUUUGUUUAUUUACUUUGUUUUAAAAAUGAUAUGAAAUUAACACAAUCAAAUGAAAAUUAUAAAUUAAAUCAAAAUAUAAAAACAAUGAAAAUUAAUUGUAAACAACAUUGUUUACAUAAUAAAGAGGAAAUAGAACAUAAUCAAUAUUAUUUGAAUGAAUCCAAAUUGUCAACGAUUCCAAAUAAUCACCAUUGUCAUCAUCAUCAUCAACAGCAAAGCCAAAAUCUUUGGCAAAUAAAUUGUGAUAAUGAUAAUAAUAGUAAUAAUAAUAAUAAUAUUAAUAUUAAUAAUGACAGUAAUAAAAAUGAAGAAUUUUUAACUUCUGAAAUAAUUCCAAAUUGUUUUACCUUAACAACUAAUAUUGAAAAUGAUAAUCAGUCAGUAACCACAAGUGUUACACAAACUCCAAUUGAAAAUUAAAUUAUUAUUAUUAUUAUUAUAGAUUGUUAGUUUAAUAAAAACCUUCCUUGUCAAACUAUUAAAUUGUAGUGAAUAAUUGAAUUUAAUUAUUUGACUCCAUUUUGAUUUCAUUGAAUCAUUAACUAUUUAUUAUUUGAUUAUACAUUAACAUCAGUUACCGUUGAAGUGACACAUGAUUUGUGUUGACCCAGUGUGAAUGAUGUAUGUUUCUGUCAUAAUAUGCAUAUCUUCUCUUUUAUUUUGUAUGUUAAUUAUAUUACAUAAAGCUUAUGAAUAUAUUUUCUUGCAUGUUCUUUCUGUAUCAUUUGUAUCAUUUGACAACAACAACAAAAUUGUAUUCAAUUAUAGAUGAUUUGGUCAUAUCUAAUUCAGUCUUGAUUUAAAAUUACAGAAUCAUAUAUUCAUUUGAUUGAAAGAUCAGUAUAUACUUCGAAAAAUACAUGCAUAUGAACAAUAUUGUAUACUAAUUUAAUGAAAUGUUGUUUAUUUAUUUAAUGUAAAUGAUUCCUUAGGAUAUGUGAAUAAAAAAUUU